CAUUUAUAGACCAGGAAGGAAGUUGAGUUGCACUGCUCGCUUCGCUUUUCGGUGGGGCGGUUGCUGCAAAUUCAACCUCAUUAACUCACAGCUCUGCAGAGGGAUCAGAAAAUGACUGCCCAAACUACCACUGAGCCCCCCAAAUGUUGCUUCUUCAACAUCAAGACAGCAACAGUUGCUCUAGGGAUCUUCCACAUGGUUAUGAGUGUUUUGCUGCUGAUUGAGUACUCCCUGGAGGUAGCAAGCGGGAAAGGCUUUUGCAAAGACCUGGACAAGGAUUACUACAGAAUUGCUGAUGUCAUCACCAGUUUCCUGUUGAUCAUCAUGCUGUUCGUCAUCAGCUUCCACCUCCUUCUUGGUGUGGUGAAGAAGAGGGAACGUCUCCUGAUACCAUUCCUUGCUCUACAAGUCAUGGACUUUCUCCUUAGCCUCCUAACAAUGUUCAGUUCCUACAUACAAGUCCCAGCAAUCAUUUCUGUGUCCUCCCUUAGCCACACGGGAUACUCCAAGAUCCCUUUCCUGGCUCUGCAGCUGCUGGACUUCUGCCUGAGUAUUCUCACGCUCUGUAGCUCUUACAUGGAGGUUCCCACCUAUCUCAGCCUCAAGUCUUCAGACAAUGGGGGCUUUUUGCCAACCCUGGGGAAGUUACCAACAGAGGAAUAUGCCAAGGUGAUGGUCACCUUCACCAUUGCAUUCAUUGCUGUCCUCUUCUUGAAGGCCUAUAUGUUCAAAUGUGUCCUGAGCUGCUUUAAGCAUAUUAAAGCCAGCAAGAGAGAGGAGGUGAAAGUCGACCCACAAGCAGUUGAAAAGGCUGUGCUGCCAUCGUAUGAGGAAGCCUUAGAGUUGCCUUCCAAGGAAUCCCCACCACCCUAUGUAGCAAUCUAAGCUGCACUCAUGGAGAGAAGAUGACAUCUGUAUUGCUGUUGGUGCCUCUUACCCCUUCUCUCAGAUAGUCAGCCUCAUUGAGAAGUCUUUACUUUAUAGCAGUAUCGUGCUUUUUACAAUCCACCUUGCUUUAUGAGCCUACAAAGAGUAAUGGUGAACCACUGGAGUUGGCGCCUUGUUCUACACUGGCAGUUUUGACUUGGUACUACCAAGCUGCAGAGCUAAUUUUAAUAAACUUGGCACCAGGCACCACAGAGGUUCCCAUCACUGGCCUCUGACAUCUGGCUAAUGUGAAGUGUAGGCACUGGCCUGAAUCCCUUGUCAGGCUUGCUUUAUGCCAGCAAGAUGCUGUUUCUCAUCUGUCUCACAUCUAACUCAGCAGCUGAGACAUUUAGGAAGUGGAAUGGGAGGAAAAUGUGCAAGAACCUUUUCACUGAGAUAGUCCCACCCUGAAGCUAUGCUAACUAGUACCUUUUAAUGAGAAACAUACAGGAAAGGGAUCAGCAAAAUAAUGAAGAUUUCAAAUGAACUAUGACGCAGCUCUCAUCCUGUCAGUUUAUGGUGAUGAUUAAUAGUGUGUACUCCAGAAUAUACAACAUGCUGGAAUUGUCACAGCUCUGCCAUUUUAUACCUGAGUGUUUGCAUUUUUUUUGCUUUUAGUGUGACUUGAAAGAUGAGUUUCAAUUAAAAAAAAUGUUAAUGGCUUCAA